UUUGUUUUCUUAUCAGAGACAGUUGAGCUGUGAAGGAACAAGGAGACUUACCAAUCCAGUCUAGGGCGUAUUUUUUAUAUUUCGUUAACAGUUUAGCUUUAUUGGGGCAGCAUAAUGGCUGAUAAAAUGGAUAUGUCAUUAGACGACAUUAUCAAGCAGAACAGGCAGCAGAGAGGUGGAGGCCGGGGUGGAAGAGGCCGAGGCCGAGGAGGCUCAGGCGGCGGCCGAGGGGCAGCAGGCCCUGGGCGGCUUGGAGGAGGAGGAGGAGGCGGCGGCGGCGGAGGAGCGUUUGCAGGCCGAGGCGGCGGACCCGGACCCACGAGGAGUCGACAGAACCUGAGUCGUGCUAGAGGCAGACCAACGCCUUACAACAGGCCAAAACAGCUUCCGGAAAAGUGGCAGCACGACAUGUAUGACAACGGCUUCAGUGGCUUCAGCGGCCCCGCUGGAGGUGGCGGAGGAGGCGGCGUUGAAACCGGGGGGAAGCUCCUAGUCUCCAAUCUCGACUUUGGCGUGUCGGAUGCAGACAUUCAGGAACUCUUUGCUGAAUUUGGGACCCUAAAAAAGGCAGCAGUUCAUUACGACAGAUCGGGAAGAAGCCUGGGAACCGCAGAUGUCCACUUUGAAAGGAGAGCAGAUGCCCUGAAGGCCAUGAAACAGUACAACGGCAUCCCACUUGACGGGCGGCCUAUGAACAUACAGCUCGUCACAUCACAGAUUGACCAACAGAGGCGGCCUAUGCAGGGUCUGAACAGAGGUGGUGGAGGUGGCAUGAACAGAAAUCGUGGAGCUGGCUUCAGAGGUGUGCAGAGAGGCCGAGGCGGACGUGGUGCUGGCGGUGGAGGAAGAGGUCGGGGGGGACGCGGAGGUACUGCCAAGCAGCAGCUGUCAGCAGAGGAGCUUGACGCCCAGUUAGACGCCUACAAUGCCAGGAUGGACACCAGCUAAGCAAUAUGACUCCUAUGGAUUGUUGUCCCUUCCCCUCUGCACAGAAGGGUGGUUGUUACAAAUGUGCAGAUUAUUUUACACAUGGUUGUUUCUGGUGUGAUUGAAAAUUAUUGUUCCAACUUCCUCUUUUAAAUGCUCCGUGUUUUUUACCAGUAUUUCUUUUUUUUUCUGAUGAAAAAUGGUUCUGUCUGUAGGUUCAUGUGGAUUGGGUUCUCCCAGUUUUUUUUUCUCUACCCUGCAGUUAAUGACACUUGUAAUAAAACCUACAGUGCAUAUUAACCAAA